AUGACUGUAUAUAUCACCAAACAGCUUCCAAAAGCAAUCGAUACCUAUUCAAAUGAGCGAACUGUUGGUCGAGGAGGUUUUGAGGUUGUUUAUAAAGGAGUACUGUCGGAUAAACGCGUUGUUGCAAUAAAGAAGUAUGUUUCAGUGGAAGAGGAGGUACCGGUAUUGGUGUAUGAGUUCAUUCCCAAUAACACACUUUUCCAUCACAUUCAUAAUGAAGAGGGUGGAACGAGUUGGUUAUCAUGGGAGAAUCGAUUGAGGGUUGUUGUAGAAGCUGCAUCUACACUUGCAUACCUUCAUUCUCAUGCCACCACCCCCAUCAUAAACAGAGAUGUCAAGUCCACAAAUAUGUUAUUAGAUAAUGACUUCAGUGCAAAAUUGUCUGAUUUUGGUAUUUCCAUGUUGUUUUCUAUAAAAGAAGAAAACGUCAACACUGUUGUUCAGGACACACUUGGGUACUUGGAUCCUUGA